AUGGCGCCUCUCGAGAUUCCCAUCAUCGACUUCUCAGCAUUCUACUCGGAAGAUCCAGCGCAGAAGCAGAAGGUUGUGGACCAGGUCCGCGACAGCUGUCUUUACAAUGGCUUCUUCCAAAUCAUUGGUCACUCCGUGCCCCUGCAACAGCAGAAGGCCGUGAUGGAGAACGCCAAGAAACUUUUCUCGCUUCCCCUUGAGGAAAAGCAAAAGGUUGCCAAGGAGAACAACAGCUGGAACCGCGGCUACGAGAUGCUGAGAUCGCAGAUCCUCGAAGAGGGCACGCAGCCCGAGUUGAAAGAGGGAUUCUACAUCGGUGCUGAGAUCCCCGAGGACCACCCCUAUUUCGUCAACAAAAAGCUCAACAGCGGACCCAACCAAUGGCCCGAGGGUCUCGGAAGCGAGCUCGAGACCUUCAGGUCUGCAUCCAUGGAGUACUACUCGUCAGCUCUAUCUCUGGCCUCCGACCUGAUGAGAGUACUUGCUCUGUCGCUCGAUCUCGAGGAGAGCUACUUCAGCAAGUUCAUGGACGGUGCGGUCGCCACAAUGAGAAUGCUCCACUACCCAUCGCAGCCUGCAGAUGCGGAUGAGAAACUCACUCGCGGCAUUGGAGCCCAUACGGAUUUCGGUGCCAUCACCAUGCUGCUUCAGGACAAGGUCGAUGGCCUCCAGGUCUGGGACCAGAAGAAUGAGACAUGGAUCGAUGUCCCACCUACGGAGGGCGCAUUUGUCGUCAACCUGGGCAACCUCAUGGCCCGAUGGACCAACGAGAAGUACAAGAGCAACAUCCACAGGGUCAUCAACAAGUCUGGCCAGGAGCGCUACUCUAUCCCUGUCUUCGUUUCCGGAAACCCAGACUACCUGGUCGAGUGCAUCCCCACCUGCAAGUCCGCCACACAGCCAGCCAAGUUCGGCCCUGUCACUGUCGAGCAAGCAGUGUCGGCAGCCUAUGCGGAAUCAUAUGGAAGGGCCCAAUUGUACAAGCAGGGCUUGGAGAAGGCCUUGGCUGAGAAGCAGAAGCUUCUGUCACAGCAGCAGGCCCAGCCGCCGCAAAUUGCUGUGGCGUAA